AUGGAGCGCAGCCACCACCAGUGGCUCGAGCAGGUCUUCUUCCGGCAGCACCUGCGGUGCACGCGCGCCGUCAUGCGCGCGCUCGGCCCGGCGCCGCGGCGCGUCCUCGAGCACGGCCUGGGCCUCGUGGCGCUGGGCGCCUGCGGCCUCGUGGUCUACCUGCACGGGACCUACGUCGCGCGCACCGGCGCGCCGCUCGCCGUCGAGCUGCGGGCGGCCGCGGCGGCGCUCGGCGCGAACCGGAGCGUCUUCGCCGUGAACGUCGUCGUCUCCGAUGGUCCCGGCACGUGCGCCGUCGACGACGCCGCGGACGCGGCGUGCGCGCCGGACGAGGCGAGCUACUGGUUCUCGCGGGACCGCGGCGUCGUCGCCCUCGGCGACGUCGCGCGGCGCGACCUGCGCGUGCCCGCGGCGACGGUGCGCUGCGGGUCGGGCGGCUUCGGCGGCCCGCGGUGGGCGCUCGCCGUCGCCGGCGCGGACGCGGCCGUCGCCAACGCCGCCGUCGCCGCCGUCGGGCCCCGGGGCUACGUGCGCUCGGAGCGGAGCAACGAGUUCUACGACCUCGCGCGCGCGGAGCGCGCGGCGCCCUUCACGCGAGAAGCGCUGGCGCAGGCGCUGACCGUGUCGCUCAAGACGCUCUUCCUCAUCUUCGCGACGUCGACGCUCGUGUCCUACACGCUGCGGGAGACGCAGGCGCGCAUGCUGCGCUUCGCCUUUGAAUUGAAGGAGAACAUCGGCGACAACCGCGCGUAUCUGUCGCUGGUGGCCUCGCACCUCCUCGACUCCGCGGUCUUCGCGCCGAUCAUGAUCGGCAUGAUGGCGUUCCUCUUCGAGUUCUUCGCGGACCAGGUGCUGGGCCUCCUCGUGCUGACGCUCGCCUGGGGCGCGGAGCUCUUCGCGGCCGUGUCGCUCCGGAGCCGCCGCGCGCUCGACCACCUGCCGCGGCUCCUCGUGCUCUACCUCGCGGCGCUCCACGUCUACCUCUUCAAGUUCCCCUUCGGCUUCAAGUACGUCGCGCUCCUCGCGGCCAUCGCGGCCAUCGGCCACGCCAUGCUCCUCUUCUGGGACCGCUUCGAGGUGCCCGCGCUGCGCCGCGGCGACGUCUCCGUCACGAACCUCCGCGAGAUCCCGCGGCGGCGCCGCCGCGGGGGGGACGGGUAA